AUGGAGAACGCGGCUUCUCUUGUCUCCAUCCAGAAGAAUAUCUGGGAUGGGCGAGUACCCCUAGAGAUUGUCCUUGCUCCUUCAGAAAGUCGCACGUUUGACCAAACAGACCCAUAUCUCGUAUCUUAUCCUCGAGUGUCCUAUCUACCGUCCUUACUGCCCAAACUCCGGGCAUUCUUCUCGUCCUCGUUGAUUGAGCCUCACUCUCAGCCUCAUGAUGGCUGGUUUGCUUUCGAGGAUGUGCCACUCAAAUGGCACUACCCCAUCGGUCUUUUAUUUGAUCUCUACGCCGGAGUAGAGCCUGCCACCAGGAGCAGCUCGAGAGAUGAAGACUCUCCAGAAAGCGGGUCUCCACUACCAUGGCGUCUGACUGUGCAUUUUAGCAACUGGCCUGAUGAAGAUCUUGUUCGACUUGAUGCUGAUGGUAUGGUUAUGAACGAUGCUUUCAUCAACAGUGUCAAGGAGGCCGAUUUUCUUCGAAAUGGCACGGCGAAGGGGAUCAUGAGUCUCUCCAAGGAAGACUCAUCUGGCCUGUGGAAGGCUGUUGAAGAAGUGAAUCUCUCAUCAUUUCAACGAAUCUCCACCACUCUCCUGCCACCACCAUCACAACCGUUCCGCAACGUACCAAUCCGAAUUUUCCUGCCGCUACCACCGGAUGCCGACUCUGGAUCACUGAAAGUGGUGCAAUCUCCACUUCCCCCUUCAAUACCUGCCUCAAGUAUUCAGUCCAGUCAGUCAAUAAGUUCUCGCAGUAGUCCAAGCAUGCAACCUCAGACGGUGGGUACUGUCUUACACACGUUGCUCCCGAAUCUUUUUCCAAGUCGAAGAACUCCGGUUCUAGCGAAGCCGGUCUUGCACGGUGCAGUUCUUCCUAUGUCUGCGCCCAUUGAGGAGGUGGUGAGGAGCUCUGCUUAUGGGGAUGGAUGGGCCUAUCUUGUCGUCCGCAUGAUGGGAUGA